AAACCAUGCCUCCAAAAGCAGCGCGCAAGAUAGCUGGAGCCAGAAAACCCACUAAACGUCGUGCUGCAAACGCAGAUCCGUCCAAGCCAGAGGAGCCCAAGGACCUGAUCCAUGUAAAAACAUCAUCAACGGCAAACGGCACUUGUAUAUCCGGUCACCGGGCACCCAAGUGUCCUCCCACAAAACACCGCGACAAGAUCCUCUUCAGGCGUCCGGAGCCAGGAAGGCCUCCCAGAGAUUGUGGCCAUACAAAACCGAGAACGUGCGACUGCGCGGCCAGCCGUAACCUAUGUUGUAACCUGACACCUCAACAGUGGGACGAGGUAAUAGCGGGUCAUGUUCCAUCGGCUGUCAUGUACGAGGACAGGGAAGCUCUCCAACAAGCAGAGAGAGCCGCAGAGCAGGCAAUGAUAGAAGCUCAAGCGCGCCAACACGCCCAAGCCAUGUUCUCAUACCAGCACCAGCAACACGCCAUGCCAUUUCGACCAGCACCGCACGGUAUCCAGUUUGGAUAUCCUGAUGCAGCAGCGCGGUUCGAUCCUUAUCCACCAUACCAGUCGCAACCCCCAUACCAGCCUGCCUUUUUCGGAAGCCAACCUGCUCAGACGAACUUCGAGCAAUCUCAGUAUCAACCUCAGUACCAGCAGUUUGAGCAACCGCCACCCCAGCCUGCCUUCUUCGGAAACCAACCCGCUCCUGUGAACUUUGCUCACCCCCAGUAUCUGCAUCAGUACCAGAAUGCGUCGAUGCCGGUCAACUUGCGGGUGCUGGAUCAGUACGCUGCAGACAUGGGACGGCAGGAGCAGAUGGCCGCACAGCCAUCCACAAACCCUUCGCAAUCGUGUUGUUCAAGGCAACAAGCUCAGUCGCCUCUACCAUCUUUCAUGGGAACAGAACCCUCUCCUUUCAACCUGCCUGGUCCCAGUCCCAGAACACAGUUCCCAUGUCAAAGCUGUGCCUCGUUCCAAUGCACAUGUAUCACCUGUCCCGAGGUCAGACAAGUGUCCAGUGGUGCUUGGCAACAAAGUUGUGGUCGUGGUGGCCACAUCGACAACGUGGUUCUGCCCAAGCAGGAGUAUCCGUCAGAGCCUGAAGAUUCUGUAGGCUACGAAAAUGGUCUGCAAGGAUACGAACAACACAUCCAGCAGCCCACCCCGGACGUCCAACAGCACACCCCGAACGUACAAGAGCACACCCUGGAUGUCCAACAAUAUGCUACUACUGGGCGACUCGACCAGACCUAUGGAUCUGUCUUUGACACUACGUCUGUCGACUUCCCACCACUUCCGGAUAUUGAUUCUUGCCAGUCUUUAUCUGGAGGAUUUGAAGAUACCAUGCACAACCAGAUGUCAGAUUUUACGGCGACCAUCUCCCAACCGCUGUCUGAGGAGGACCUUGCGGAAGCUCUAGCCUUACCACCGCACUGGUUUCAACAAAAA